UGUUGUCAACCAAUCCAGCACUGUUGUUAUCAAUGUUCAUUUCAAACUUUAUUGCGAUUUUUUUCUUUUGAGAAUACGAGCCCUAAACUGUAGACAUUCGAAAAUGUCUACAAACCACCCACAUGUUUUGUACCGAUACAAUAUUGUUAUUUUUUUCUUUUUGCGUUAGUUAUGGAAUGAAGAAAGGUGUUUUCAGAAUUCCUUUCGUAUGUGGUUUGUUCAAUUCUAAAUCAUGUGAGCCAACAGGAUGUGAUGUAAUGUGCUGAGAUCCUAUCCCUCACUAGUUGAUUAACCUGCAACAGAAGAUAAAUAAGUUUGAUCUAAGCAAAACUGUAGCCUAUUCAUUGAUACUCCGCUCGAGCAAGCUGAAGUCCAGACUAGAUUUGCAUAAAACAAAUGCAAUGCCGCCAUUUUCCUCCAAAGGUUACAUAUAGAUAUUCAAAUGUUGCAGUUAUAAAAUUUGACUAUGAACAGUCAUGAAAUAAAACAGCUCCAAACAUUAGAAUAGACGUUUGUUCAAGGCACAGUUGGAAAUACAAAUGGGAUGGGAGUUUACUCUGUCCAAUGAUGUGAUUAUCUCUACAAAGCACACCGUGGUUUCACAGACCAUUUGCUCACCCCACAAGGACAUCAAAUGUGAGUGAAAUCGACUCCUAGCGUGUAAGUAAGUGUACGUGUUUGUGUGUGAAGGAAUAUGAAUCCAUCCUAUUUUGUCAUUGUCAAGUUCAGCUAUUGUGUUGAUAAUGUUGUGUCAUUGUCUUACCUGAGUGAUGGCAGAAUGAUAUGUCUGGGAAUAAGCAGAGAUCACCGUGUUGAUUAUCAGAACGCGUGGCUAGGUUUUGUUAGUGCUGAAGUUUUGUUGAAAACAAGCAGAAUGUGUUAGGUAUACCUUGUGGUAUUAAGUAGUGUUAGCCUCGGUGUCCAGCUGAAAUGUCAUUCUCGGGUUGUAUUGUGUACUUUACUGAGUGUGAUGUUGAAUAAGUGGCGAGGGCUAUGGCAGUAUGUUGAAAACAAGGAUUACUUUGUAAUGUUUGUUUUUGGUCAUUCAUGUUUUCUACUGUUCUACCCUUAAAACAGCCACAAUGUUUCCUAUGUGUCUACUUCUACUGAUAUCUGGAACACUGGCUAUGAAUUGCUCAAAUUCAGAUGAUACCUUUUAUUUAAACACCACAACUGGGGAGAUUUCAAUGACAAUAAACCUGCCAAACAAGACUAUCACCAUCAACGAUAAAGCCGAGGAGGAUCUGAAAUGCUUUUGGUUCAUUGAAAGCUAUGUUGAGUGCACCUCAAUGAACUUGACCUCUAUUAACCUCACUGAGUGUCAGACGGUGCAGAUUUCUGUCGUCGAGAACUCAACCAGAAAGUUGAUCUUCAACAUAUCUUCCUCCAUGUGUGAGGUCACCAAGUGUACUGGGACAGCAAUCACUGCCCUGAUGAGAGAGAUACAAGACCAUCCCAGUGAGGGUCCAAAGGAUCUUAAAAGGGUCCUGAACAUGCGAAAUAUGUGUGCAGACCUGUUCAAAAAUGAUUGGACCAUGAGGAUGAUGUUUAUUGGCGUUGAACGGGGCCUGAUACACAACAUGAUGAACAUCUCAAUCACCGGAGAGCCUGUGUACUACGACCUCAGGGAUCUGGCUCUGACUGUGUUUAACCUGACCAACCUAACCAGUGUGGAUGACAAGAUGGUGAAAAUAAAAGCCCCAGAGCUCCUCCCUGAGAACAACUCUUACAUUCCGGAAACAUGGAUCCCUAUUGAUGCACUCCAGAACAUCCCGGAGGAAAAUAGGAGAGUGGGCGUGGUCACCUAUAAAUCACCCAAUCAGUUCUUGUUUAAAGAGGAACUCGUGAGAACCAUGGCCAUACGGAUCGAGUUGGAUGGCGGCAGACGACUUGAGAACUUGAUCACUCCACUCAAGAUGAAGUUCAAAUUGCUUGACCCUAUAAUACCAGUGAAUUACAGCCUGUCGUGUCAAUAUUUCAAUGAAUAUGGGAGCAUAAGCCUCCCAGACACUGUCUUUUGGAAGACGGAUGGAUGCGUUACUAAGAUCAACGACAGCGUGGUGGAGUGCCUCUGUAACCACGCUACGCCGUUCGCCGUGCUGCUGAUCGCCGACCUAUCUAUUGACGGUGUGCACUGGCAGGUCUUGUCUUACAUCAGCUACAUUGGCUGUGGCUUGUCGGCCUUCUUCACCGCCAUAUCCUUCCUCACCUACGUCAUCACCACGAACUCCAGGGUGGACAACGCCAACAGCAUCCACGUGUCACUGAGCGGGGCUUUGUUCCUGCUCAACACCUCUUUCCUGCUCAACGAGUGGGGGGCCAGUCUGGGCAUCAGGGGCGUGUGUGUCUUCAUUGCGGCGGCCAUUCACUACAGCCUCCUCAGCUGUUUCACCUGGAUGGCCAUUGAAGCUGUCCACCUGUAUCUCCUCCUGGUCAAGGUGUUCAACACCUACUACCGACACUAUAUGGCCAAGCUGUCUGCCAUUGGCUGGGGACUCCCUGGUAUCGUUGUGGGAGUUUCAUUGGCGGUCAAGGAUAUCAAACCGUUAUAUGGACCUACAGAAAUGACUAUGGCAGACACUAACCAGACAAAUACAAUCUGCUGGAUCACGGACAUCCCCUUCUUCUACAGUAUGAACCUGGCCUACUUCACCAUCAUCUUUGUCCUUAACUCUGGCAUUCUGUUAACGGUGACCACCCGGAUCUGCCAGCUGCAGCGCUAUGGCAGUAAGGGCAAGCCUGGGAAGGCAAGCCUGGCCUGGAAGGACAUCGGCACCGUCCUGGGUCUGACCUGCCUGCUGGGCAUCACCUGGGGCCUGGCCUUCCUCAGCUACGGCUAUGUCAACCUUCCCAUCCUCUACCUGUUCAGCAUUUUCAACUCCCUCCAAGGAUUCUUUAUAUUCCUAUGGAUCUGUGGCACUGCCAGGAAAGACAGGGAGCGGGCGGCGAAUACCAAGAGCACAUCAGCAGCUCUGAACACCUCUACAGCCAAACCCAAGGAGGAGAUGUUCCCUGGCAACAACCCCUACCAGUAAACAAUGUCUGUCUACAAUGGAGAUCACCCAUAUCUUCUUAGAUGGCAAGGGGAGUUUUGGCUUUUGUGUCUAAUGGCAUAUGCAUUGUCUCUUUCUUUCUCUUUCAAAUUGAGUUAUGGUUUCUACACCGGUUGUGUGCGUGUGAGUACCUGUGCUGUGUGUUUUGGGCUUUUGUGGCCUUGUGGAUGGAGCAGAUGACUACGGGUCUCGUCCCGUGUGUUAACCAUCGUGCGCGUUUGUUAUUUAUUCGAGGUACUCCUCACUCUUUUGUUUGGGUUUCAACCCUGUGUCUUUGUUACGUGUUUGUUUGGUCUUCGUCCCCGUGCCUUUACACGGCACGCCGUAAUUUGGGGCUGAAUAUAAAAAACUAUUACGCAUUCCUGCGCCUGUCUCCCGAAUCCAUUUAUACCAACGUGACAUGCAUUUUCUUCUGUAUCAUUCCAAUGUAUUUAUUGGGAAAGUGCUUUGAGGGAAUAAUUUUACUUGAAGUGUACGUUGUUUAUGAUUAUCAACCUUCAUUAAAUAUCCGAUCUCAAGUUGCGGAACUGACUGGUGCAUAAUUAGUCAGUGGCAAACCAAAGGAUUUAGUUUCCUGCAUACCAUUUAGUUUCCUGCAUACCAUUUAGUUUCCUGCAUACCAUUUAGUUUCCUGCAUAAACCUUUUCACACCGCCUCAUCAUUAUUAGUUUCACAAUCAAUCACUUGAUUUUCUAACUCAACUAUGGAAAGUGUGUUGCAAUCUGGUAAUGUUUUCUACAUUUGAACUAAUAUCACUUCUGCAGAAAGUGUCUCACUGGAAGCACUAGGUUCUCAAAUGCACACACGAUUGCCCAUUUGCAUAUGAUUGUGAAACAGAGACAUCCUCUUUUCUAGCAAUUUUCUGGUGAGUGUCAGAAUGAGUCUUAGAGAUGCUGAGAAAUGCCACCAUAUAGGAUUUUUUUUGUUGAUGAUUCUCACUGAAAUGUUUUGAUUAUAUUGAUUUACCUAACAUUAACCCCCCCACCCCCACCCAAAGGACUACAAAGGACAUAAGCUUUCAAGCUUUAUUGUGUUAUUCUUGAUUUUUUCUUAAAUUGUAUGUGGAGACGUCUUAUGAACAGUAUGUUUUUUAAAUUUAUAUUGUCUAAUAAAUAUAAGUGUUGUAUUCAUUA